GAGAUGUCCGAAAUAAAAUUAGACGUAAAUCUGAAUGAGCUCUUUAUGCUCUCUUAUGACUUCGAUAACCUCAAGAAAGCUCUGGGAAAGAUCUUAACAGCGAUGAAUGAUACCAACAAGAAGGUGCAUAAUCAGAACAUGGAGAUUAAGCAUAUGAAAGAGCAGAUUGAUAAAAGAGACCAAUCAAUUCAAGAUCUUACUGAUCGUGUCAAAGAUUUGGAGAAGAAAACUCGUGAACAGUCCCAAGAGAUUCAAGAUAACUCUUCCAAUAUUACAACCCACACUAAUGUUCUUAACGACCACACUAAAAGAAUUGAAAAACUUGAGAAAAUCACUGAUGAUAUCCAAACAAAAUUAGACGUACUUGGAGAUGGCGGUCUCGACCUUGAUUCCAUCCAAAAGCUGUUAGAGAAUCUCAAGAGUGAUUUUGACAGCAAAUUCGUGCUCAAGCAAGUGUACGAAGCUUUCGAGACAAAGUGCGAUAACUUAUUUGAUGACAACAAGAUUCAGCAUGAAAAAUUCAGUGAAGACAUCCAAACGCUUUUCGAUAAGAAGGCUGAUAGAGAUGAGCUUAAGGAAAUGCUUGAUCAAAUAAACAACCUCUUGAAGGAAGUCGAGGAAGCGAUGAAGUGGAAGCAACCUCUAGUCCAGAUUACCAACAGGAUCGACAAAGUUGAAGUUCAAGUCAAGAACCUGUUAGAUCAGUUGAAAAACAGACCCGAGCCAACCCCAGAAGCUCCUGUCAGAGAAAUUGUGAAGAUUCAGGAGACCAAAGAUGAGAGACCUUACAUCGAUCCUCAAGUUAUCAAGGACCUCCAGAACGCACUGGAUACUAAGGCUGAUAUUUCUGCUUUAAGAGAUUUGGAAAGAUACCUUCUUCAGAGGCUAGAUGAUCUAGAGAAUAGCCUUGAUAGAUUCGCUGAUAAGAACGAGACUAAGAAAGCACUUAAAGCCUUAGAAAAGCAAAUCAAGAACCUCUUUGACCUUUUGAUGAACCAAGAAGCACCUACAAAGGCCGCAAGCGGAGAAGAUGAUGCCAUGUUCGCAAAGAGACCUCUUGGCGGAUGGUCCUGUGCAUCAUGAGCUAAAGAUAUAGUCAACCUCCAAGGAACGCAGGCAGAAUAUGUCCCAUGGAGUAAAUGGCCUCUAAGAGAUCCUAAUGAGAGAAUUGCUAAAUCUGGGCAAGGCUUCUCCAGGAUUCUUUCCAACAUGAAGCCUGAGUAUGUGACUCAGCCAAACUUCUACCACCAUGAAUCGAUCAGUGGGGAUUACAAGUCCUCUCCUCAGCAGAAGCUCUCUAUAAAGAAGAAGAAAAAGAGAAUGAGACCAAUGAGCGCCAAUAGAGUACCAAUUUAAGGCAAAAAAAAUUGC